AUGUUAUUUGUGAAGAAGAAGGAUGGGAGUUUCCAGUUGUGUUGUGAUUACCGAGGUUUGAGCCGGGUUACUGUGAAGAACAAGUACCCUCUUCCCAGGAUCGAUGAGUUGUUGGAUCAGUUUAGGGGUGCUACUUGGUUCUCCAAGGUAGAUCUAGCGUCGGGUUAUGAUCAGAUACCGUUAGAUGAGGCAGAUGUGACGAAGACGGCUUUUAGGACGAGGUAUGGGCAUUAUGAGUUUGUGGUGAUGCCUUUCGGGUUGACUAACGCAGCAGCAGCGUUUAUGAGGUUGAUGAACAGCGUGUUUCAGGACUUUCUGGACGUGUUUGUCAUUAUCUUCAUCAACGAUAUCCUGGUAUUUUCUAAGAGUCCUGAAGAGCAUGUAGUGCAUUUGAGGGCAAUUCUGGAGAAGUUGCGGCAGCAUAAGUUAUUUGCUAAGUUGAGCAAGUGCAGU